CGACUUAACAACCUUAAUCAAGGUGCGGUAAUUUCGAAACUCACCCGCGCAAUUUCAAACGCUUACCCCAGUAUAAAAACCCGCGAAAACAUCGAAAUAGUCAGCACAACUCAGUUGACUAUCAACGAGCAACAAUGGCAUUCAAGUUUGUUGUCCUCAGCGCUUUGUUCGCUUACGCUAGCGCCGGCAUCGUCAGCGCCCCAGCCACCCUCUCUCACGCCCCCAUCAACUACGGCGCCCGUGCCUUCGCCGCCCCUGCCUUUGCCGCCCCCAUUGCCCGCUACGCUGCCCCCGUCGCCGUUGCCCAUGCUGCUCCCGUUGUCGCUCACGCCGCCCCCGUUGCCGUCGCCGACGAAUACGACCCCCAUCCCCAAUACUCCUACGGAUACGACAUCCAGGACGGUUUGACCGGAGACAGCAAAAACCAACACGAAACCCGCGACGGUGAUGUUGUCCAAGGCAGCUACUCCCUCACUGACCCCGAUGGCACCCGCCGUACUGUUGAAUACACCGCUGACCCCAUCAACGGUUUCAACGCUGUUGUCCACAAGGAACCCCUUGUAGCCAAAGUAGCCGCCCCCGUAGCUGUUGCCCCAGCUGUCGCCAGAGUAGCCGCCCCCGUCGCCUACGCCGCCCCCAUUGCCAAAGUACAUGCUCCUUUGGCUUAUGCUGCCCCCGUUGCCAAAGUACAUGCCCCUCUUGCCUACUCCACCUCCGUCCUUCACUAAGGAGUGAACUGUUGUUGUUUUAUUUAUUGUAAUGGAUUAAUAAAAAUCCGGUUUUCACCAAA